AAAUGUGACAUCAUAAACAGAUAUGCAUCUCUGUGAGGUCUCUGAAGCCAAUCGUAGAAAAACCCCCCAGACCAGAUGUGGCCUGUGGUCUUAUACUCUUUAGACAAAGACAUUUCUUAGUAAUGAAUACGGGAUGUUCCUGUGUGAGUCCAGUCUCUAGGACAGAGAACCUUAUACGAUUUCAGAAGCAGACGACUCAAAUCUCUCAGACCAGCAAGACAAAAGCCUCAGAAGGUUGUACCCUACCCCUCGCCUAGCAACAACUGGGAUUAGCUCCAACCCCACCCUGUGAUUGGAAAAAGCAAAGUAUUACACCAACACCACUUCAGAGGAAUGGACAAAAAAAGAAAUAUAAUGAUAUUCUGUCUGCUUAUGGCAGCUACAUGCUGCCCUGUGUUUAGUGCAGAGUGGAAGGCCACUGUUGUAAAACAGCUUAAGGCCCUGGUUUCUUCCUGUGUUGUGGUUCCCUGUUCGUUCACCCAUACUGGAGGAGAGCUGCCUGCUUCCAAACUCAGAGGCAUUUGGCAUCGUUCGGACGUAAAGACGCAAAAUAUAUACCAUGAGGAUCCUACAAAGAUCUUGGACAGCUUUAAGGGCAGAACCCAGAUCUUAGGACAGCUGGGUCAGGGCAACUGCACCCUAGAAAUAAUUGAAAUUAAAGAUCAUGACAACGGCCCUUUUUGUUUCCGGAUUGAACUAGUGAAGACACCUGAGGACCCACCCACUAAAGAGAAGUUCUCCUUUGUUGAAGAUUGUGUUGAUUUAAAAAUGCACCAUGAUGAGAUAAAACCUGAACUGCAUCAACCGAAGACACCUGUUCAAGGAAAACCUUUUACUAUCACCUGUUCAGUCCAUCAUACCUGUCCCUCACACAAACCUAAACUCUCAUGGACACGAGGAAAAGCAGACGAGAUCAGUGAGAUUCAAACAAACAUGAAUUUUGGCAACUGGAGGACAGAGUCCAUCCUGACGUUCAUUCCUGAGGAGAAGGAUGACCACACUGAUCUCACCUGCACAGCUGCAUUUAAUGGAGGAUUGAAAUCCUCCACAACCAUCACUCUCUAUAUAAAACGCACAGAAAACUAUAAUCACAUAAUCAUUCCUGUAACAGUGGCAGUUGGUACUGCUAUGAUCUUUGGACUUCUCUGCAUUUUUAUGGUGAAAAAAUACAAGGAACGCAUUGCAGAGCUGCAGAGUCGAGAUGGCAGCAUGUGGAAUCGGAUGUCCAGAUUGUCCCGCAGGUUUCGUCCUAAUGGCCCAGGACCAUCUCAGUCUGACCAAAGACGGUCUAUUUGGAGUAGAUUUUCGAAAAGACCAAAAGGGGACACAGUGGAAUUUGGUAACAGUCCCAAUAAUGUGAACGAAAAGUCCUCUGGCGAACGAAAAGUCUUCAAGCCUCGUAUUCCAUCUCCAAAAAGCCAGCCAAAGUCCUGCAAUUACAGAGAGGACCUUGAUGAUGGUGACGACUAUAUGAAUACUGCAGAUUUAAGUGUCUAUGGAAACAUAUGAGAAGGUUUCAGAGAGAGUUUAUGAUCAACACAAACAAGUCUACUGUUAUCAUGCUCGCAAUCAUCACUUGUGAUCAGCUGCCUUCAUUCAAAGAUAAUUACAAGGCAAAAAAUAAUACCUGUGCUAUACUACCAAGGGUUAGCCUACAGUUAUACUUAAAAUGAUUAAUAUGUUAAGCUAUUAUUUAAUCCCAAAAUUCAUAUUUUGUGUUAUGAUUUUUUUAUAUAAAAAAAAAAUUCUGUCUGCUGUUAUUUGCAUAAAAUUAAAUACUUAUUUGAAAGUAAUAAGACUUUUGCGUGUGUGUGUGUCAGGGGCUUGAGUAAAAGGGCUAAUCAAAAGCUAAAUAUAAAUUCCUCUUUAACAUUUUAGUGGCUUAACUGGGAGUUGUGUUGUUCUGUUCCUCAGCAGAUCUAAACAGCUCACUGAAAGACAUUUUUUUUUCCCCAGUGGGUGUCCAA